AGAAUCACAAAGCCAACCAGCCCCUGCUCACUGCCCAGUUGUAUUCUCACCCUAUUCCUAGAUUCAGUCCAAACUCUCUCAUGUGUCUUCAUCUUCCCACAGGCCUCAGAGGCUAGGAUAGGAAUCUUUAGUAUACAGACAGCACAGAUAGAUCUCCAGUGUGCUGUCCAUUUGACCAAUCUCUCUCUCUCUCUCCCUCUCUCUCUCUCUCCACACUAUAUAGCUGAGUAAAUCAUCAAGCACAUACAUGCAGCAGAUCCUUCAGUGGCUCUUUAAAGGAGCACACGAAGGGAAUGCAAGGGUAAUAAGUUCUUCCAGCCUAAACGAGAAGAAGGAAUGUACUAGAGCUGAAGAAGCUGAAUCAGGAAGCGUACUUUUGUUUAAGAAAAUCGGUGAAAAGGCAUUGAGUCAGAGGAGAUCACGUUCGUUCACUGUUCUAUUAAGAAGAGACAGAGCAGUGGCUUCCUUCUAUAGCACUCACAGUUUAAAGAGGUUGGGAAGGAUUUACAGAAGAAGAAAUUGGAUCCGUCUGAUGAAGAUGAAGAAAGAAGAUAUAGCUGGAGGUUUAGGCAUGGGUAACAAGUUCGAUUCAUCAGCUGUCCAUACAGGAAAUAAGGUUCUACCAAUUAGCGACGCAGCAUUAUCACCUGCAAGUGCCAACACCAAUGACCAGUGUGAGCAGUUGAAAAAGAAAGAAAAGCUGAAGGAAGACAAAACCAAAGCCCUUUCCAGAAUGAAAGAGCUGUUGAAAUGGGCUGCGGCUGCCAAAUCUGAAAUGGGAGGAAAACACAUCAGCCGAAAGGUCUUAAAGUUUCGCAAUCGAGGAACUCUAAAAGAAGUGCCAAAUGAUGAUCAAGCCAGCUGUGACUCUCCAAAGAUCAGCUUCAGAUGGGAUGUUGAAAGCUGCUCCACAAUUUCUUCAGCUUACUCAUCGAUUACAAUGGAUUCUUUGACGAAGCAUGAUCGGACUGACACCAAUCUGUGUUUGAUCUCCACUCCUGUCCAUGACAAAGAUCAGUUCAUUUUGAGAGCAGGAAAUUGGAUCACGACAGACUCUGAAUUUGUGGUUCUAGAGCUUUGAAGCAGAGAGAUUGGAUGAGAUCUUGCUGGUUGUUCAUUGUUGGAUUGCAAUUAUUGGUGGAUUUUAAAUGUUCAUAUGUAAUUUUUCUGUAUUGCGAAAGAUCAAAUUAUUUAAUUAAUUGUAAAAUCUAAUUCAAGGAUUUUGAUUGUAUCUGUCUAUGAACAUGGCCUAUUUGGUGAUC